AUGGCAUUCAGCUUCCAGACGUCGGCCGAUCUGGAUUCGGACGAUGACGAUGCGCCUGUGGAGCUGUCGCAAUGGCAGACGACGAACAAAUCGCAAGCUCCGGCACAUGUAGCAGCCAUGAUGGCCCAGACCACGAACGAUGAGGACGACUCUGGAGACGACUUGGCGAUAUCCGCUCUCGCAGCCUUCCAGUCCGGCAAACGCGCCACUCCACCUCUCUUGUCACGACCAUCAUUCACCUCAAUCAACCAGACCGCGAGCCAACCUGGCCUACCUGUGCUACCUAACGUGGACGUGGACGUGGACAUGGAUGAUGAGCCUGCGUAUGAUGCAAAUGUCAUGGGUGGCGACGAGGGAGACGAAGAGCAGGACAUGUCAAGCUUAGAUGAGCCGAGGAUGAAAGCAGUCGUGCCCCUGCUGCCUCGCAUGGAUCUGGAGCAGGAGGACGAAGUCGUAGAUAUGACUGUCGGUGAAGGUGUUGUGCGGCGUGUUCUGGCCGAAAGGCAAAUGUCACGUGACAGGCUGGCGUAUAAGGUUGAGUUUGAGGAUUGGUCUGUUGAAGAGGUGUCGUUCGACGAGCUGCUCGAGUACGAGAACGGAUCAGAAGCGUUGCAGGAAUUCCACGACAACCCGCCAACACCAGAACCGGAGCCUGAAACUGUUUCGAGGAAACGACCGCGCAACAUGUCUUCUCGUCCCAGCCGCAACUCUCUGCUCCAAGCAGGCUUCGUCAGUACCGUUGAUGCUGUGCCGAUGUCUGACGAGGAGCCCUCUGAUGACGAGCAGAUCACUGUCAGCACUAGAAGCUCGAAGCGUAGACGCAUCUACGAGCAGUACGAGGACGAUGGGGAAGAAGCACAAGAUGACGAAGACGAGCUCGGCGACGAGGAUGAUUCGGAAGUCGAAAUGAGGCACUCUCGUCGUGGCCCACGCUCACGGCUGCGCAAUACGACUUCUGCUGCUGGCCGUUCUCUUCGCAGCGCUAACAAGCCUUCUCCGGACGAUGAUGAGGACGAGGAAGACGACAGCGACGAUGAGGCUUUCCUGCAAUCAGACAUACUAGGCGCGAGACGCCGCAAGCCACGAAAGCGGCGAUCGAACGCUAAUCAGCUAGGCGCAGACUCUGAUGAGGAUGAAAUUGGCUUCUCUAGAAACAAGCGUCAGCGUGAGGGUGACCGCAAGUCUGGUCGCGCCAAUAGACAUCAAGGCGGCAUGCAGGAAGUUGGCGAGAAUGACGACUUUGAACAGGAGGCUGCACGUGCGCCAGUCGCCAAGCCGAAGGUCUCUGGUGCUCGCGAAGCUUUCAUCCAGCUCCCUCGCGGCGACGAGUUCCGCAUGCGCCAUACCCAAUACUGCGAGACUUGUGGCCAAGGCCCGAACUUCGCGCCUCUUGUUCACUGUCAAGGCUGCACGCUGUCCUACCACAAGUCCUGCUUAGGCCAUCGAAGCGGACGCGAGCAUCUCGUGACAAAGAUCGGCGACGGCGACUUUGUGCUGCAAUGUCGUCGUUGUGUGGCCUUUCCGAAGAAGAAGGAUGCGAUGUCACCGGAUCAAGGCAGAUGCUCAGAGUGCCAUAAUCACGGUAAUGCUUGCAGGCCCUUCCGCAGUCGGAAGUCGCCUGCACAGGAGCAGAAGGAGCGUGAGGAUAACCAUGGCGAAGACCCGUCUUAUCAAGUCCACGAGAGCCGCAUCAACAAUCCAGACAACGUCCUCUUCCGCUGCAUGACGUGCUGGCGCGGGUUUCACUUCGAGCACUUACCUCCAAAGUCAGAUAUGAUGGAGAUGGAGGCCGAGGUGGACGUCGAGCAGCGUUUCCGGGAGUACGGUCGCGAUUGGAAGUGCAAGGAGUGCAUCGACGCUCCCGCCAAGGUCGCCGGUAUCAUCGCAUGGAAGCCCGUCGACGAGGACACCUACGAUCCAGAAUUCGCCUUCGACCAGAUCGAGGAGGAUGAGAAGGUGUAUCUUCUCAAGUGGGAGGGUAUGUCCUAUUUCCGUGCGUCGUGGAUGCCUGGUGCGUGGGUAUGGGGCAGUACGACACAUAUGAUGCGCAAGGCCUUUGCGAAGAAAGACGAGGCGCAGCAUCCCAAGAUGAGGACCGAGGAUGCCAUUCCCGAGGACUAUCUGCGCACGGAUAUUGUGCUCGACAUCAAGUUCACGAGUAUCGUCGACAUUCGCACCGAGGAGGUUGAUAAGGCGCGGAUUCGGGAAGUCGAGAAGGCAUUGAUCAAAUAUCGUGGUCUUGGUUAUGAGGAUGCGGUUUGGGAGGCUCCGCCUGGGCCGGAUGAUGGCGAUCGCUGGACUGAUUUCGUUACCGCGUAUAAAGAUUGGGUUGCUGGUCGUUACGUUCGUCAAUCGACCGCUAGCAAGCUCAAGAAGACGCUCGAAAAGAUUCGAACUCAAGACUUCAGCAAAUUGGAGAAGAAGACGCAGCCUGAUAAUCUGGUUGGUGGUGAGCUGAUGCGCUACCAGAUUGAGGGUCUCAAUUGGCUGUACUACAAGUGGUUCACGCAGAAGAACGCCAUUCUCGCCGAUGAGAUGGGACUCGGCAAGACGAUCCAGAUCAUCGGGUUCUUGGCUACGCUGGUGCAGGAGCACAACUGCUUCCCUUUCUUGGUCGUGGUGCCGAACUCUACUUGUCCCAACUGGCGUCGGGAGAUCAAGCGUUGGGCCCCCUCGCUGCGUGUGGUCGCCUACUACGGCAGCAAAGAGAGUCGCGACCAAGCCUUCCGCUAUGAGCUCUUCCCCGAGGGCAGCAAGGAUCUGCGUUGCCACAUCGUAGUAACAAGCUACGAUGCAGCAGCCGACGAGAACUGUCGCAAAUUCUUCCGCUCCGUACCAUGGCAAGGUCUCGUCGUGGACGAAGGCCAGCGCCUUAAGAACGACAAGAAUUUGCUGUAUACUGCCCUCGGCGCGUUGAAAGUCCCCUUUCGUAUCCUCCUCACCGGCACGCCACUACAAAACAACCAACGCGAACUCUUCAACCUCCUUCACUUCCUCGACGAAUCCUACGAUGCCGAAAAGCUAGAUCAAGAAUUCAUGCUUGAUGGCCUGACCCAAGCUAAGAUCCAAGAACUCCACGAUAUGAUUCGACCCUUCUUUCUCCGCCGCACGAAAGCUCAGGUCUUGACUUUUCUGCCGCCUAUGGCACAGAUCAUUCUGCCUAUUAGCAUGUCGAUGGUGCAAAAGAAGGUUUACCGUACCAUCUUAGCCAAGAAUCCGGAUCUUAUGAAAGCCAUCUUCAGUUCGGGAGGCAAUGGAGCGCUCGGUAAGGGCGAGCGGGCAAGUCUAAGUAACAUCCUCAUGCAACUGAGGAAAUGCCUUUGUCAUCCCUUCGUCUAUAGUAAAGGGAUUGAGGAGCGGAAUGUGGAAGUUUCGGCUUCGCAUCGGAAUCUAGUAGAUGCUAGUUCUAAGCUCAAAUUGCUCGAGAUCCUGCUUCCCAAGCUGCAGGAGCGCGGACACAGGGUGUUGAUCUUUAGUCAAUUUCUGGAUCAGCUGGACAUCCUUGAGGACUUUAUGGAUGGGCUGGGCAUGCCAUUUCAGCGUCUAGACGGUUCGAUCUCGGCGUUGCAGAAACAGAAGAGGAUCGAUGAGUUUAAUGCUCCGGACUCUGCGCUGUUUGCUUUCUUGUUGAGUACGCGUGCUGGUGGCGUGGGGAUCAAUUUGGCUACGGCUGAUACUGUGAUCAUUCUGGACCCGGAUUUCAACCCUCAUCAGGAUAUUCAGGCUCUGUCUCGUGCGCACAGGAUUGGACAGACGAAGAAGGUGCUUUGUUUCCAAUUGGUUACGAGGGCUUCGGCCGAGGAGCGGAUCAUGCAGAUGGGGAGGAAGAAGUUGGCGCUGGACCAUGUGUUAAUUCAGAACAUGGACGCGGACGAUGCCGAGGAGAACGACCUCGUCUCUGUUUUGCGGCAUGGCGCUACGGAAUUAUUUGAGGAUAGUGGGGAGACGGAUAUCACGUAUGAUGCUGUUAGUGUCGACAGGCUUUUGGACCGUAGUCAGAUCGAGCAUACCGGCGCUGGCGAGGAUCGAAGUGCGGAGACGCAGUUUUCGGUGGCGAGGGUGUGGGCGAAUGAUACGGGGGCUCUGCAGGAUGAGAUGGUGGAUAUGCGGGGGCCUGAGGAGACUGCGCCGGAUCCUGGUGUUUGGGCCAAUAUUCUGAAGGAGAGGGAGAGGGUUGCUGCUGAGGAGGCUGUUGCUAAGGCUGAGGCGUUCGGGAGAGGUCGUCGUGCCCGCGGCGCAGUCGAUUACAUUGACAAGAACGGUGGCGAGGCCGAUGCCACCGACAUUCCCGAAGGCCCACAACCCAUCAAACGCAAAGUCAAGAACGGCAAUGAGAGCGAUACCGAUUUCCAAGCUGAUGAGAGCGGUGACGAUGAGCCAGCCGCAGGUGAGGACGAGAUGGAGCUCGAUGGCGAGGACGCUGCGACCAUAAGCGCCGGUGCUAAACAUGACGCAGGUCGGAAAAAGAACGGUAAGAUCACCACAUCCGCUAACACCACGUCUGCCUCUUCCCCGUUGUCACUACCCAAUAAACCACUUAAGGGCGACCAUUUGCCCACGCCAGCCGACAGCCCCAAAGGCAAGCGGGCGAAGACUACUUCAACAAAGUCUUCGCCUCGCAAGCCUAUGGCGCCGAAGGAGGCCUACAAGGGCGUUCAGGGCGUUAGAAAGGCCUUGAGUGCUGUUGGAAAGCCGAAGAAGAUGAAGGAGAAGCAGAAGGUCAAGGCUAUCGUCCGGGAGUAUCAGUCCAACGGCGAGAGGCCGGUUGCUUCUGCUUCUGUCCCUGCUUCUGGCAAUACCAAUGGCGAAGCGACGAAGACAACUGCGGCGGGGUCCAACACUCCUGCUGCUGCUGUUGUGUCGAAGAAGGCUGAAGUGGUCGACCUGACGCAGGACGAUGGCGAUGAUGAUGCCUCUCGUUCUGUGUCUGAGGUCGCUUCUUCUGCCAGGCCUGAACUGAAAGCAGGACACUACCAGCACAAACACUCCAACAACACUAGUAUUAUCUCUCUACGACGCUUUGCUUACGCUUCGCCAUUACUAGAUCCGCCCGCUUUCCGCCGCGUCAACGUUCCCGCGUCUCGUGCUUCCAACGCCCAAAAUAUCCCGACACCACCCAGCGACCCCACAAGCGACACGAACAUAUUCUCUACCGGCCCAGGAACGAACAACACGAAUACUUCUCAGAAUGGCGCUGUAUUUGCUCCAGCAAUUCAAGGCUCCCUCCCCAAUGGCUUAGUCUGCAUCGCAUGCAGAUCCUAUCACAUUUCUGGUCAAUGUCCCGUCAAGCUCGCGGGUCUCGAGUUCUGCAACCUCUGCGGUCUGGCACACUACGGCCAAGGAAGGAUAUGUCCGCAUAUCCAGAGCGAGACACAGGUCAGAACAAUGCUAGAAACCUUGCGCUACUCCAAGGAGCCUCAGCAUCUUGUCGAGGCUGCUAAGCGGUAUCUGAAGGGACUGAAGGGCCACUUGGUGCAGAUCAAACGGCAGAAGGAAGCGAAGGAGCAUGCAGCGAGGGAGUCUGAAGCGGCUGCUGUGCUGCAGGCUGCUAGGGCGCCGGUUUGGAAGAUGCCGGGGAUGAGCACAUCCGGUAUGGGCUAUGGUCUGCCAGUCGGCCAGGCUUUGAACGGCUCCAGCAUCGAGAAAGUCGGCGGCUGGAUCAAAAAGACACAUCACGAUAUUCAUGCUGGCACCGACCCGCGCAACGUCAAGCUGCCACAGCCAUACGUUGCCUGCAUCGUGGGUGCUUCUCGUGGCAUCGGAGCUGCUGGAGCUUCAGGACUAGUGCUUGCAUCGCGCCGCGUCUCCGGCUUAGGGAAUACGGCUCAGGAGUGCAAGAAGAUCAAUGCGAAAGCCGAAAUCAAAAUCAUUUCGUGUGACAUCACGUCGCCGCUGUCAGUCGAGGACCUGGCCAGCCAGACUAAAGCCGCCUUCGGCCGUCUUGAUGCCCUCAUCAUCAACUCCGGCGCUGCAGGAUGCAACUACGGCGUUAAGCUGGCUGAUAUACCGGCCGAAGAGAUCGUCAAUGUGACUAAUGUCAACUACACUGGCUCUUUCCUCUGCGUCAAGUACUUCAUUCCUCUCCUCCUCGCAACAAAGGACGGUGUCAAGGCGAUUGUAGGGAUCAAAAGCUAUGCCGCGCUCAUGGUCCGUGGUCCAUUCCUAAUGCCGGCAUACAAUGGGAGCAAAGCAGCACAGUUACGACUACUGGAUUUGGCGCACGAGCAGUAUCAUGCUGAUGGCCUAAACACUUAUUCCGUGCACCCAGGCGCCGUGCCGACGGAUCUGGCAUUGGGUACGAAUUUCCCCAAGGAGUUCAAUGGCUUGCUGAAGGACAGCACGGAUCUAGCGGGUGGGUUCUCUGUUUGGUGA